AUGUCCCAAGCAUCACAGGACCUCGAUGAAGGCGACGAAUCUUAUCAAGCCACAGGACCUCUUCUCAUUAGCAAACUGCAGGAAGCAGGCAUCCAUGCUAACGAUAUUAAGAAACUCUCCGACGCUGGGCUGAACACAGUCGAAUCCGUCGCGUUCACACCCAAGAAGGCUCUGAUUGCGAUCAAAGGCAUAUCGGAACAGAAGGCAGACAAGAUCCUAGCUGAAGCCCAGAAGAUUGUCCCCCUAGGCUUCCAGAGUGCUACGGAGGUUCAUGCUCGGCGGUCAGAGCUAGUGCAUAUAACCACUGGCUCUAAACAGCUUGAUGCUCUGCUUGGAGGAGGCAUAGAGACGGGCGCGAUCACCGAGAUGUUUGGAGAGUUCAGGACGGGAAAGUCGCAGAUCUGUCAUACCCUUGCUGUUACAUGCCAGCUCCCUGUGAGCAUGGGAGGAGGCGAGGGCAAAUGUCUCUAUAUCGAUACCGAAGGCACCUUCCGUCCUGUCCGGUUACUGGCGGUCGCUGAGCGGUAUGGUUUGAAUGGAGAAGAAGUUUUGGACAAUGUCGCGUACGCAAGGGCGUACAAUGCAGACCACCAGAAUCAACUGUUGACAAGCGCCAGUGCGUUGAUGUCAGAAUCGAGUGGUCGAGGGGAGCUUUCUUCGAGACAGAACCAUCUCGGUAAAUUCCUCAGGACUCUACAACGUUUGGCCGAUGAGUUUGGGAUUGCAGUUGUCAUCACGAACCAGGUGAUGUCGAACCCAGACGCUGCUGCUGGGCCAUACGCGGGCAACGAGAAGAAACCAAUCGGUGGGAAUAUUAUAGCACAUGCCUCAACCACAAGACUUCAGCUCAAGAAAGCCCGCGGCACCACACGAACCUGCAAGAUAUACGACUCGCCGUGCUUGCCCGAGAUGGAGGCGCAAUUUGCCAUCCUCUCAAGCGGCAUCGGAGACCCCGAGGAAGAAAGUUAA